AUGUUAGGAAUUAUCCAAAUCACCCAAGAGGUCAAUAAAAAAAGUAAAAUCAAUAGCAAGGAAACCACCAAAAAAGUCUUAAAUGCUUUCUUAGAAGUAGCCAAACAAAAACUUCUCCAAGGCGAAAGCAUUAACUUUAAAGGUUAUUUCACUAUCAAAAGAAGCACAACCAAGCAAAAAGGUAGUAAACAUUGCGGCAAGCAUGAUAAAUCUUUAAAUGAUUUUAAGCAAGCCAAUAAAGGCAAAGGAAUUACUGUUUUUGCUAAAUCAGAAAAGUUUAAGGGAAUAGUUAAUGAGAUGCGAAAAUGCCGAAACUGUAAAAAUAAGAAGCAACAAUUAGACAAAAUGGAGUAUUUUUUGCCUUCGUCUCUUGCUUCUGAGAAAUAUGACUUUUUGCAUGAAAGACCAGACAUCUUAAUCGACUACUUUUCUGGAGAAACCAACUUAGAUAAAUACAGAGUAGGAAUAGAGCUUUCUGAAUUUUUUGGCUGCGGAAAGAUUGGCAAAGACGGAGAAAAUGGAGCAAAAGAAAGGUUCACAAUAGCAAAAAUAGAAAAAAGUUUUGAGAAAGAAGAAUUAGUAAGCAAAAACAAGAAGAAAAAAGAAAAUGUGUUUGAAAUCACGGGCAAAGAAAAAAUCGAUGAAGAUACUGAUAGUAUUAGUUACGAAAUGAACAUAAAGGGAAUUCCGACCGACAAUUUACUCACCGACAUGGAAAUCGAUUAA